AUGGAGGUGACAAAUGAAAAUGAGUCCAACAUUUCUGAAGAACAAAUGAAGGCUGAGCCCAACAUUUCUGAAGAACAAAUGAAGGCUGAGUCCAACACUGCUGAUGAACCAGUGAAGGCUGAGUCCAACACUGCUGAUGAGCCAGUGAAGGCUGAGUCCAAUAAUGCAGAUGAGCCAAUGAAGGCUGAGUCCAACAUUGCUGUUGAGCCAGUGAAGGCUGAGUCCAACAUUGCUGAUGAGCCAGUGAAGACUGAGUCCAACAAUGCAGAUGAGCCAGUGAAGACUGAGUCCAACAAUGCAGAUGAGCCAGUGAAGGCUGAGUCCAACAUUGCUGAUGAACCAAUGAAGGCUGAAUCCAACAUUGCUGAUGAACCAAUGAAGGCUGAGUCCAACAAUGCUGAUGAACCAAUGAAGGCUGAGUCCAACAAUGCUGAUGAACCAAUGAAGGCUGAGUCCAACAAUGCUGAUGAACCAAUGAAGGCUGAGUCCAACAAUGCUGAUGAACCAAUGAAGGCUGAGUCCAACAAUGCUGAUGAACCAAUGAAGGCUGAGUCCAACAUUGCUGAUGAACCAAUGAAGGCUGAGUCCAACAAUGCUGAUGAACCAAUGAAGGCUGAGUCCAACAAUGCUGAUGAACCAAUGAAGGCUGAGUCCAACAUUGCUGAUGAACCAAUGAAGGCUGAGUCCAACAAUGCUGAUGAACCAAUGAAGGCUGAGUCCAACAUUGCUGAUGAACCAAUGAAGGCUGAGUCCAACAAUGCUGAUGAACCAAUGAAGGCUGAGUCCAACAAUGCUGAUGAACCAAUGAAGGCUGAGUCCAACAAUGCUGAUGAACCAAUGGAGGCUGAGUCCAACAAUGCUGAUGAACCAAUGGAGGCUGAGUCCAACAAUGCUGAUGAACCAAUGAAGGCUGAGUCCAACAAUGUUGAUGAACCAAUGAAGGUCCAGGGUGGUGAUAGCUCAGCUUCGGAAUCUGAAGCAAACGAACAGAAACCCACCAGCACAGAUGCCCCUUCUGGGUUUCAGGAUAACCAAGAGCACAUUUUCCUCAUUUCUAGGAAUGCAACCUGCAGCUUGACUUUGGAUUCUGAUGUGAAAGAACAUAUUGAACCCAAACUGAUAGAAACCCUGGCUCACUGCAUUAUAAAUUUGGACUCUAGCAGUGAUGAUGAAUUGGCGCCCCCUGAGUCUAAAGUGCAAGUGAAAUCCUACAAGGUGGCUGUGCCAGCAGUGCAAGUGAAAUCCUACAAGGAGGCUGAGCCUAAAGUGCAAGUGAAAUCCUUCAAGGUGGCUCUGCCAGCAGUGCAAGUGAAAUCCUACAAGGAGGUUGAUGGCUAUGUGAUUAUCGACUCAGAUUCAGAUGAUGAUUGCCCUGUGGCCAGUAAGGAAGUGAAAACUGAAAUUGAAAAAGAAGAUCUGUAUCUGAAAGUUGAAUCUGUGCCAAGCAGUGCUUCUACUAUAUUUAUUGAUGAUGAGGAUGAUGGUAAUGCCCAGGAUAUCCCUUUUCUCACUGAAGAGUUGAGUGAUCAGAAAGGUCUUACAAGUACUGGCUCUGACAGCAACUCAGCUGAUUUUGAAAAGCCCUGCCAGUCCUCAAAGUGUGGUCUGUCUAAAGAAUUGUACGGUAGAUCGGGGAUCAUAUAUAAAGAGUGCACGCCUGUGCCAAAGGAGUCAAGGAGAAGCAAAACCAAAAAGACAGUUACUACUGCUGUUAAACCACCAAAAAAGAAGUGUAGACGUUCAAAGAAGAAGUCCAGUGCAGAAAAAGAAGAACAUGAGAAUAAGGAUGCCAACUGCAAUAUCCCUGGAUGUUUCCUACGUGGAAUAGAAAAUGAGAAGUGCUAUUCUGGAAAGAAUUUCAAACGUAACAGAGAUGAGCUGGUCCAGAAAAUCUAUGCUCUGUUUAACAGCUCCGUCUUUGACAACAAGUUGCCGGAGAACAUAGAAAUUAAGUGGAAUAAUAAGAUGUUGAGAACUGCUGGGCUAUGCACCACUUGCAGGACAAAUCAUCCGAAUUACCAGCGCUAUGCCACGAUUGAUAUUGCUCUGAAAAUCUGCGACUCUGCAGACCGACUCCGUGAUAUUUUGAUCCAUGAAAUGUGCCAUGUGGCAUCCUGGAUUCUUGAUGGUGUCCAUAGUUGUCAUGGUAGUACAUGGAAGUAUUAUGCCAGAAAGUCAAAUAUGGUGCACCCUGAGCUGCCCAAGAUCACGCGUUGUCAUAACUACAAGAUUAACUACAAGAUUCAUUAUGAAUGCACUCAGUGCAAAUCUCGGGUUGGCCGCUAUUCGAAAUCUCUGAACACAGAUCGCUUUAUAUGUGGAAACUGCUGGGGGCCUUUGGUUUUGGUGCCAUUAACACGGAAAGAUGGUACCCCCAUUGCUCCUCACGUGAGGCCUUUUGCAAAGUUUGUGAAAGAGCAUUACAGAGUAGUUAAGAAGAAGACCGCAGGGAUUUGUCAUAGAGAUGUGAUGAGAGAGCUCAGCAAGGCCUUUUUAGCCAAGAAACAGAUGAAUAUUGCUUAAGGUAUCAGAGAGUAGAUUUGCUUGACCUGAAAGAAAAUUUAGAAAGGUUAGACGUUUCAGGAAAAUAUUAAUUCCUUUGAAUCUUUGCAUUUAAAUGUAUUGUUUCAUGUUGUUAAAAAAAAUUUUUUUGAGUUUUUUUGUGGUGCUUGGGCUGUUUUUGCCUCUGUACAGAGUAACCACUCGGAUUGUAUGUAGUGCCAGGGAUGGCUAAAGAGGAUACUUGCAAGGCCAUUUGCCUUAUUUCUAGCUUCAUGAUUGUUCUUAACCAGGGGUAGGAUGCCUGGCUUUUAGGCUAUAAUCAAAAGGAGGUUCUUGGGGUUUUUACUUAGACUUCAUUUUAGCACAUAGAACAAAAUGUAAAAAAUAGGUUUUUAUGAGGGGCCAGUUAAGUAAAGAAUAGUGCUGGAGAGAGAACAAGUUUUAGGGGAAGUACUUCAAAGCCUGGGUGGCUAUGUCAGAUGUAACUUGUUAAACCAACCAGACAUGAAAGACAGCUGUGUUUCAUGCAUUCAGUUGCUGUUGACAUUGAACAAAACCUCUUGAGCCAAUGUAAUUGUUCAUAAAACUUUUAAAAAAUAAACAUUUU